AAGACAGAGCAGUCAGGCAGGAGAAUAAACUUAGGUCACCAUGGAGGGUAACUUCAAUGAUCCGGAAGAAUACCAGAAGUACUUCAUACCCAGAGACUACCUGGCUGAUUUCUACAGCUUUGAGCAUGGCCCCUCAGCUGAGACUGAGAUGGUCAAGUUUCAUCUGCAGUGUCUCCACAAGACCUUUGGCCCAGGGGGCCUCCGAGGAGAAACACUGAUUGAUGUAGGUUCGGGCCCUACCAUCUACCAAGUACUGGCUGCCUGUGAGGCCUUCAGUGACAUCACCCUGUCUGACUUCGUGGACCGCAAUAGGGAGGAGCUGCAGAAAUGGCUGAGCAAGGAUCCGGAGGCCUUUGACUGGACGCCAGUGCUGAAAUUAGCCUGUGAGCUGGAAGGGAACAGCAGCCACUGGCAGCAAAAGGCGGAGAAGCUCCGGGCCACAGUGAAGAGGGUGCUCAAGUGUGAUGUGCGCAUGAGCAACCCACUGGCCCCGGUGAAGAUGCCACCUGCGGACUGUGUGCUCACCAUGCUGGCCAUGGAGUGUGCCUGCAAAACCCCGGCUGCCUACCGAGCUGCGCUGUGCAACCUUGCUGCUCUACUUAAGCCUCAUGGCCAUCUGGUGACCACUGUCACAUUGCACAUCUCCUCUUAUAUGGUAAGGAAGCAUGAGUUCUCCUGCGUGGCCAUGGCCAAGGAGGAAGUGGAGCAGGCUAUCCUGGAUGCUGGCUUUGACAUCGAGGAGUUCCUGUACAGUACCCGGAGCUACUCUGCCACUCAUGCUCCCAACCAGGGGAUGUGCUUCAUUGUGGCCCGAAAGCGGCCUGGGCCCUGAGCCAAAGAAUCAGCCAAGUGUCCCAGGCCCUGAGCCAAGAUGAGAGGAGUUAGAAUUGGGUAAUAUCUAGUGGCCUCUGCUUUCAACACUCACCUUUCUCCCUCUCAAGUAGAGAUCAUAACACCCUUGUUUAGAAAUUCCAAUAUACCGUCUCUUCAGAUCCUACUAGUAGGAUAUCCCCUUCUAGUACCCUGAGCUCUCUGAUUCCUGUGCAACUCUGGAGCCCCCAAGUCACGGUCUCAGUUUUCACUCAGGGAGGCAAAGCCAAAGGCAGAGGCCUUUUGACAGUGGUGUAUUGGGGAGUGUUUAAAAACAGCUCUAAUUCUGAAGUAAUCACUCAGGAAAAAGAAAAAAAGAAAGAAAGAAAGAAAGAUAGAAAGAAAGAAAGAAAGAAAGAAAGAAAGAAAGAAAAAAAAAACCCAGCUCUAAGAAGAGAAAAGCCCAUUUUUCAGUGACACAUAUUUCCUCAGUGCAAAUGCUCCCAACAUGGUUGAUUUCAAGUUACCAGUGUUUUCAUUUCUGUAUCAUAAACUCCUAAAAAUCUUACCAUUAUUACAUAUAGAACCUAAGAUAAGGGCUGGUCAUUUGGCAAACAAAACUACAAGACAAUCAGUUAAUUGAACUUUGAAUUAAUAAAAUAACAUUUUAAAAAGAUAA